UGUCUUCAAUAUGGGUAUAUAAACUGCUUAGAAAGAAAAGAAAGAGAGAGAAGAAGAUGAAGACUGUGAACGACAGUAGUAACAAUGGCAACAAUAAUAAUUGGCUGGCUUUCUCUCUUUCACCUCACAUAAAAAUAGAGGUACCUACUGAUCCCCAACACCGUCAUAAUCACUACCAUCAAUAUAGUCAAGCUUCACUAGCUACUGCUAAGGUUGUUCCUACAAGCUUCUACUUGACUUCUUACUUAAACGGGUCUGGAAUCUGCUAUGGAGUUGGAGAACCUGAAAGCUUUCACGCUCCAUUUUCUGUUAUGCCACUUAAAUCAGAUGGCUCUCUAUGCAUCAUGGUAGCUCUUAGUAGAUCACAAUCGGAAGGGAUUAUGCCCACUUCUUCCCCAAAACUAGAGGACUUUCUAGGUGGUGAAACAAUAAAUACACAUCAAUAUGGAACCCACGAAAGGGAGAUAAUGGCUCUAAGUUUAGAUAGCAGGUGUACUACCACCAAAAGGGAGAUGACAUCAUAA